AUUCCAUGUCCAAGCUCUCUGAACUUUCCAGUUUCAUCAGCUAGACGUAUUUUUGCCUUCUCUGUAAGAGAGAAUUUUUCUUAUAGAAAGAGAGAGAGAGAUAGAUAGGUAGUUCGCUAUGUUGGGUGUGUUCAGCGGCUCAAUUGUUUCGGCUCCAGAUGAGCUGAUAGCCGCCGGAAGCCGGACUCCGUCGCCGAAAAUCACAGCGACAGCUCUGGUCAACCGGUUCGUCGAGACCAACAGCUCCGCCGUGUCCGUACAGGUCGGCGACUAUGUCCAGCUGGCAUACACCCACCACAAUGAGUCCCCGUUACGGCCAAGAUCAUUUGCUGUUAAGGAUGAGAUAUUCUGCCUGUUUGAAGGGGCUCUUGAUAACUUAGGAAGUUUAAGGCAGCAAUAUGGACUUGCCAAAUCGGCUAACGAAGUGAUCUUGGUGAUUGAGGCAUAUAAGGCGCUUCGUGAUCGAGCACCAUACCCUCCAAACCAUGUUGUUGGCCAUCUCAGUGGAAAUUUUGCUUUCAUAGUUUUUGACAAAUCCACUUCGACCCUGUUUGUGGCUUCUGAUCAAUUUGGUAAAGUUCCUCUCUAUUGGGGAAUCACUGCUGAUGGAUAUGUUGCUUUUGCUGAUGAUGCUGAAUUGCUCAAGGGUGCUUGUGGCAAGUCUCUUGCUUCUUUCCCUCAAGGAUGUUUCUUCUCCACAACUGUAGGAGGACUGAGAAGCUAUGAGAAUCCUAAGAACAAGAUCACUGCUAUACCUGCUACUGAUGAAGAAAUCUGGGGUGCAACAUUUAAGGUGGAAGGGCCAGCAGUUCUUGCAGCCAGGCAGUAGAUCUUCCUUUCACAAAGUGAAUUACUUUGAUAUCUAUCAAUUUUAGGAACAAAGGGUUUUUUAUAUGGUCAUGAUUUAAAAGCAUGCAAAAUCAAGGACCAUGUAUAUAUACCUUGAUAAUAGUCGUUAGAGUGGAUAUGUGGUUGAAGUAGCUUCUUUGUUUAGUCGUGCAGUUUUCUCUUUAGACUAGUUUCUUUACCCAAAGCUUUUAUCAUUGUACAGCUGUGUUUUAUCUUCGUUUGUAUGAUGGUUUGGAAUUAAAUGAAAAAAUCCAUCAACCUUUUGGUUGAUUUGUCUAA